AUGGGAAAAAAUCUUGGUAUUUAUAUGUCAUUUAGCAAUUCUGUGGUGUUUAAUAGAUUUAGAAAGAAACCAACGGAUGAGGAAAUCGAGAAAUUGGUUAUCGAAGUUAGCGAAUUGAUUGAUAUGUAUUCUGAUCGAUUCGUUAAACAUAUACUUGAUGAUAACAAGAGGAUUAUCUCUGAAAAUUUUUCAAUUUUUAUCAUUACUGGUCAUUCUCCAAAUACAAUCACAAGAUAUAUGCAAUUGUUUCGUGAAUUGGUGGUUAGUACACUUGAAGAUAAGGAGAGUGCUAUCGGUGGUAAAGAUGUGAUUGUAGAGAUAGAUGAGUCAAAAUUUGGU